AUGAAUGAAUGCAGUUCAACUUUCUGGACUGAUUCCACAGCCGUACUUCAAAGUAUAAGAAAUUCGAAGAAACGAUUCUCCACAUUUGUUGCUAAUCGUUUAGCAAAAAUUGAUAGAAAUACUGAUGUAUCACAGUGGCGCCAUGUUCCAACGAAGAUGAAUCCAGCUGAUGAUGCUUCGCGUGGUCUUAGAGUUGAUGCAUAUUUAAAGUCAGGACGAUGGAUCAAUGGGCCCGAGUUUUUGCGUCUUUCUGAAGACAAGUGGCCAAAGAUGCCGGACUGUUUUCCUGAUCCACCGUCUGAAUUUUGUCCAAAGCCAGUUCCAGAAAUAAAGUCGGCAUUUGUAAUAAAGGAAGAGUCUUCUGUCAUGGACAGGUUCAUAGGAUUCUUUUCUACAUUCUACCGUUUGAAGAAAGCAACUUGUUGGGCUCAUACGAUUCAAGAAAUAUUUGAUGGUUCCUCAUAA